CCGCAAUAGAGGGACUUCCCCCCCCCCCGUCCCGCCCCACCUGCAAACUUGCUGGAGCCGCACCGCAGGCUGAUUGCAGGUGCUGGUAAGCCUCUGAGAACACUAUUUGUAUCAUGGAGCCAUGGGUGUAUCUAGACCAGCGUCAGAAGGCUCUGUAUCGAGAUGUUAUGCAAGAAAGCUAUGAGACGCUCAUGUCUCUUGCAGCUAAUCAAUUGCUAAACAACAGUAACCAUGACAAUGAGGAUGAGGAGGAUGUGGAAGAAUUGCGGCCAGGUACUUCUCAAAGCGUGCCCAGAAAGGUCAAGCCCUUGACGAGACGGGAAACUCCCAAGCAGCCAAAGAUCAUUCCUGUGGUGAAGAAGGACAAAGCCACCCAGCGUGGACACGCAUUGAAAAAAAGCCUGGAGAGACGUUGCUCAGAUUGUACGAGGACCCUUCCUUCCACCGGCAGAGGCCGUCAGCGGAGCGAAGCCAACGCCGCCCGGGAGAAACCGUUCCAGUGUAGCGACUGUGGGAAGUGCUUCAUCUGGAGCUCCCACCUAGAGCGCCAUCGGCGGAUGCAUACGGGAGAGAAGCCCUUCAAAUGCCUCAACUGUGGGGAAGCCUACAGCCAGAACUUCCAUCUCUUGCAGCACAGCUGUGCCCAGCUGAUCGAAAAACCCUUCAAGUGUUCUGAGUGCGGGAAGCGCUUUGCCCAGAGCUCAGCCCUGGAGAACCAUCAGAAGGGCCAUACCGCAGAGAAGCCCCAUAAAUGCUCGGACUGUGGGAAGUGCUUCAUCUGGGCUUCCCAUCUGGAGAGGCACCGGCGGGUCCAUACCGGAGAGAGGCCUUUCAAGUGCCCUGAAUGUGGAGAGUCGUACAGCCAGAGUGCCCAUUUGGCCAAGCACCGGCGUAACCACAUGGGUGAGCGCCCUUACAACUGCCCUGCUUGCUGGAGAAGCUUCGCUCAGAUCUCUGAGCUGGAGGAACACAAGAAGACCCACCUGGGCUGCAAGGACUGCGGCAAGGUCUACCGGAGUCGGCAGACCCUGAUGCGGCACCAGCGGGGACACCACCGUGAACGCACCCAUCUCUGUGAAGAGUGUGGGAAAGGGUUUGUGUGGGCAUCCCAUCUUGAGCGCCACCGUCGGGUGCACACUGGGGAGCGCCCGUUCCCCUGCCCCAUCUGUGGGGAGAAGUUCGCCCAGAAGGUCCACCUCCUCCAUCACAACAAGACUCACUCUCAUAUCCGGCCCUAUAAAUGUGGGGACUGCGACAAAUGCUUUGGGGAUAGCUCUGCUUUCCUAGCUCAUCAGCGAGGUCACGCCAUGGAGAAGAACCACAAGUGCCAGUAUUGCUCAAAAAGCUUUGCCUGGAGCUCCCACUUGGAAAGGCAUCAGCGAAUCCACACGGGGGAGAAACCCUACAAAUGCCCCGAUUGCCCUGAGCACUUUAGCCAGACUUCCCAGCUCUUCAAGCAUCAGCUCAGUCACCUAGGCAAGAGGCCCUACAAGUGCAGCGAAUGUGGGCGCAGCUUCAGCACCACCUUGGAAGUCCUCAUCCACCAGCGAACCCACUUUGGGACCAAGCCUUUCCGGUGCUCCAGCUGUGGGAAGGGGUUCACCCGCCGAGCCAACCUGCUCAAGCAUCAAAGGUGCCAUGUGAAGGAGUCCCCCCAGGAACAUUUAAUUGAACUGAAAUGUGAAGGCAACGGGUUCUCCAGUAUUUAACAGCCAAGAACCCCUUGCAAGAGAAGGCCAUUGCCGAUGUUCUGAGGUUGUGGAGACUCCAGUACUUCUUCAGCUCUUGCAACAGGACCCGAUGUUAUAAACAUGGUGGGAGAGAAGAACAGUUUAGGAACAGUUUAGGAAGCUCACAGAAAAGUCUUGGUGGAGGGGUAUGGCUUUCACUAGUAUAUGAAAGAAGAUUGGUCAAUAAGACGAUAGUAACCAUGUUCAUUGGUGAUGAGGAUCCUGAUUUACAGUCCACGCGGAUGACUUUAUUUCACAUUUAGUUGAUACUGUACAUAUCAGUGUGCCCCAGGGUUGUGGGGAAAAGCUUUAUUUCCUGUUCAUCUUUAUGUUGUAGAUUGGUAGCCUUGCCUCGGAUAGACCAAUUAUCCCCCCUCACAAUCCUUUUUUUUAUUUUAAACUCUGGAUAAUGAAGCUUUAACAAAUGCUGAAGACUGACUUCCAGACCUUAAUAUGCCUGACUGAGACUUUAGUAAAUGCUGUGGAAAUCUGCAUGGGGGCCUGAAAACGAGCAUUUGUAAGCUUCUUGAAUGUGGAAAAAAAGCUUUAUUGACUAAAGAACCUAAACAUCUGAGGCUUUAUGCUGGCCAAUUGUAUUUUAGUGAAUACCAUAAUUAGAAGGUACUGUAGUACCUGAAUAUCUAGAGACUAUCUUAAUAUCAAACUAUUCCAUUCUUGACACAUAGUUUGGGGGGGAGGGCUACAUGGAUAAAAACCCUCCCUAUUUUUUCUUGGUUCUUGGAAUCCUAGCUGUUUAGUUUCUCCUUAACUAAUUUGGAGAGAUGUUAGUGCACCCAGAAAUAUUUGGAUUUCUUUUCCAGCAUUAACUGUAGAAAACACUUGACUCUCCUAUAGUUAUGUGGAGUGUUGGUUUAAUAAGUCCCAGUCCACCAGGUACAUUUGGUUUUGGUGCUUUAACCUGGGUGUUCUUGAUAGAUUGGUCACAGUGGUUCGUUCUUAGGCAGGGAAGUGGCUUUGCUUAACCAAGGGAACGGAGUGGGAUGUCGGUUCAUUUGGGUUGAGAUGGCCCAAAGGAGUAAUGUAUGGAGAAUAGACAAUAGAUAGAUUCCAGAAGAAUCCAGAUACGGGAAUGAGGAACAUAUAUGUGGAUGGUCUAUGGAUGAUGGAAGAAUUCAGAGGUGGCCAGCCUUUUGUUUUUCAAGAAAAUUAGAAACCGUUUCAGGCAUUGAUCCUGGGUCCGCUGCGUAAUUUUUGUGUCAGAAUUAUGAGUGGCGUUUAUGAAGGGCCUAUUGAGAAGGUGUUGACAAACAGCUCCUUGUGCUAUAAAAAGGAAAGGAACAAGGAUACCCAGAAAUUUUGGAUUGAUGCGAGUGUAAGGGGAAAAAGAAGCAGAACAUGAAUUUAAUCUCGAGAAGAGCAGGCUAGAAAUAUAACGAAAGGACAUAAAAACUCAGAGGGAGGGAAGAACCUCCUGGACAUGCAAGGUUAACAUUUAGCAUUUAUCACUGGAGCAUGACGUCCCUAGAAUUGGGGAGGAAAAAAAGGCGCUGGCGAAACCUGAAGAAGCUUGGAGUUUGAGAAAACUUUCUUGAGAAGAAGUGAUUGCUGGUGGAGGCUAUGGAAAGCGAAGUUAUGCAUCAGGGAGAAUUCUAAGCGUGGGGGAUAGAUGGGAGAGGCCUCAAGCAAAGCCACUUUUGAGUCCUGAUGGUCAGUAAAGUUUGAUAAAAAUAGAGGGAGGGUUGUCUUCCCAGUUGCUGAGGUUGUAAAUUAUUUCUCCAGCUGCUGUACGAUCCUCAAAUUCUACCUCAGAUUUGUGUUCCAGAAGAAUCCACCUGGAAGAAUCCAUCUUGCCCUUCACACUCUGUGGCAUGCUUACUGAAGAGAUGCCCACAGAGGACUGGAAUCCUGGCCUUGGGGGGAGAGUGGAGUUACUGCAAACAUGCUGUGAUUCUGCACAUCCACAACACUCUUUGAAACACCAAAUUGGAGGAUUAAUA